GGUAGCGCGUGCCCACAAGAGGCGGCCCAACUCCACUAGGCAGCCGCCUCAGCUCAUGAUCAUGAACCAGCGUUUGCCAAUGCCAGACAUGGAUGGGUGCGUCACCUUCCCACUCACACGGCCGCACGCCGUCCUGCUCGUGCUCGUGCUCCUCGCCGCGGCGGCGGUGGCGACGGCGCCAGCCUCCAAGCAGCAAUGCCACUCCGGUGACAGGGCGGCGCUGCUCGCCGUCAAGGCGAGCUUCGGUAACGCCUCCUACUUCGUCUCGUGGACGGCCGACAUCCCCUGCUGCCACUGGUUCGGCGUCCGCUGCGACGCGACAUCCUCCUCCGCCACGGCCACGGGCGGCCGCCGCGUCGUCAGCCUGGCCAUCAUGCGCGACGCCGGCGUCAGCGGCCCCGUGCCCGGCGCCGCCAUCGCCCGCCUCACCGGCCUCCAGGAGCUCCUGUUCCUCCACGUGCCCGGCUUGUCGGGCGCCAUCCCUCCGGCGCUCGCCCGCCUCUCCGCCCUCACGGACCUCACCAUCUCCCGCACCGGAGUGUCGGGCCCCGUGUCGGCGUUCCUGGGCGAGCUCCGCGCGCUCAGGUCGCUGGACCUAUCCUUCAACGCGCUCACCGGCGCCAUCCCGGCGUCCCUGGCCGCGCUCCCGCGCCUGGCCAGCAUCAACCUCGGCCGCAACCGCCUCACGGGCGCCAUCCCGCCGCUGCUCCUCAGCAAGGCCGGCCCGGAGGCGUUCCUGACGCUGUCGCACAACAGGCUGUCCGGGACCGUCCCGGCCGAGUUCGCCGCCGUCAGCUUCGUGCAGGUGGACCUGUCCCGCAACGCGCUCACCGGCGACGCCUCCGUCCUGUUCGGGGGCGGGAGGACGCUGCUGGUCGCCGUCAACCUGUCUCGCAACGCCCUGAGCUUCGACAUGUCCCGGCUGGAGUUCCCGGAGCGUCUGGCCUCGCUGGACGUGAGCCACAACGCGAUCCGCGGCGGCGUCCCGGCGGCGGCCGGGAACCUGAGCCAGCUCAUGUUCUUCAACGUCAGCUACAACCAGCUCUGCGGCGAGCUCCCGAGCGGCAUGGCCAGCUUCGAGGUCUACAGCUUCCGGCACAACAAGUGCCUCUGCGGCGCUCCCCUUCCGGCCUGCCAAGCAUAAGCUGCUGAGCUGGUGGCACUGGCAAUCAGGAUUAUGCUAAUUCAGUAGGCUGCGCAGUCACCAAAUUAAUCACUUUUGAUGUCAGUAUUACUAUCAUUUCGCACUGCUGUCAAAUGUGGGUGUCGAAAAGUAAGGUAUGCAAUGCAUACGACGGAUGAAUUCCAUCCCCAAUAAUGAACAAAUGUGUUGCUCA